AUGUCUUCAGAGAAACAGGAAAGGACACGAAGUAGCAUGGACGGCGAGAGCAAAGAUCACCCUGAAGACAUCUUCCCAUUGGCAUUAACCUCUGUGACCCAGGAAAUGUUUGAGUGCCGUGCCGAUCAGGAGGUCACUGGUGAUAAGCCUUACAAGCUGCUGAGGAAAGAUGACAUUGUGAAGGAUUUGAGAGUGCGGUUGGCCGUGUCUGAUUUCAGCCCUGUCAAACAGAUUGUGCUGAACUACCCUGAAGCUGAGUUGCUGCUGGUAUACGACAGAGACUUCACAUAUGGUCAUAACUUCUAUCUGGUCAUAACAGUGAGUGCCAAGGAGAAGAUUCUGAAUCCACAAAUUUUAGCAGAAGGAGACAAGGCAGAGGAUAAAUCAUCUGAAACAUUAGUCCAGAGGGCUUCCGAACCUCAUCCCUGGGUUUCUUUGGGAAGUGAGAGGGAAGUUGGAGAAGAGGCGGUCAGAGACUCCAGACACAAGGCAAAAUACAAGAUCUCAAGGUUGCGGAGGGAGUUUGGUACAAAAGUCUGUUUCUCUGAUCGAAAUUCCACAGCGGAGGGGAAGUAUGUUGAAUGCCCCUCCUACCAGGACAAGAGAUUUUGCAUCAAAAUGCUAGAAAGAGACAUUGGAGCACAGGCUGUUGCUGACCUGAAAACCUGUUUUACUCAGACACUGUGGAAAUAUCCAAAAAGUGCAUGUACACAGUAUGAGCCUAGAGAGUACACAAAGGAAGAGAAAGCAAACUUCCUGAACUUAGAGAAUCUGGAGACUUUUGUCAAGUCAGCAACUUCAAGGUUUGAGGUUGCCAUCCAGCAGAAUGAGAUCAUGGAUGUGUUCAUCAAUGAUUUGGAAUCUCUAAGUGAAGAGGAGCAAGAAGAACAAGAUGAUGGAGACAAAGCAGACACUGACCUGAGGGUGUAUACAUCAUUCAUUGAGCACUUCUGUAAAGAGAAGAGCAUUAGUCACUUCAACUGGCACCCUACGAUCAACGGAGUGAUUGCCGUGGCUGUCACUGAGAGGUUGUCUGUUGAAGAGCGGAUUGAGAACUCCACCAAACUUCUCCUGAACCCCUCAUUCAUCGUCUUUUGGAGCUUCUCUGAUACCAUUAACCCACUGUUGCUGCUGGAGAGCCCAGCUGAUGUCUCAGCCUUCGAGUUCUGUCCCUCCAAACCAAAUAUUAUUGUUGGUGGUUGUAUGAAUGGCCAGUUGGUGUUGUGGGAUAUAUCUGGGCAACUGGAGCGUUUAGAUGGUGGAGGGGGGAAGAGUACCUUAUCCAACAGAAGUGAUACACUGGGUUUUAAGGACAAGCAAGAAAAUGAGACACCAGUUUUACGUUAUUGUGCAGUUUCAAGCAUAGAGUCUGGCCAUAAAGGACCAAUUACUGAUGUACAAUGGCUACCAGAAAGCUUUGAGAUCUCAAGAACUGGGAUCCCAGUGGAAAACAGGAAUGGGAUGUGUGUCCAGAUUGUCACAUGUGCUCCAACCUGCUGUGUCAUGUUCUGGGACAUCCGUGCCCCAGAAACAACACAGACCUCCUCAGAGAAGAGGCUAAAAGAAAAGAUUAAGUGUGUGGAAAAUCUGCAUGGUCUUCUGAACACCUUCAGGCACCUGGAUCUGUCUUGGAAACCUAUCCUGCAGGUGCACUUCCCAAAGACAGACAGUAGGACUGAAUACAGCCCUCUUAAGAUCAGUCUAAGGGAGAGCACAUGGAGCAACCCUUUAGACAGAGCACUUGCUGGUACAGAUCGAUCAGAGAUUCCUGAGUAUAGCCUGAUUAGACUCCCCUCAGCUAAACAUCUCAAACCUCUGGAGGACAUCAGCACCAAGUUCUACAUAGGAACUGAGGAUGGAGAGUUGGUCUACACAGACUGGAGGAUGGAGGAGGAAAGUGACUCAGGGUGCUUGCACAGUGUGAAGACCUCUCAGAGCUUUGUCGUACAUGACAGCCAAGUAAACACUGUACAACGGUCACCAUUCUUCACAGAUAUUAUCCUAACAGUUGGAGGGUGGACAUUUGCAGUCUGGAGGGAGAGUAUUAUGAUUGACCCGGUCAUAAUCUCACCCUGCUCCCAGGAGAGAUACACAGCUGGGCAUUGGUCUCUGACUAAGCCUGGGCUUUUGUUUGUUGGGAGAGAGGAUGGGGACAUUGAAGUGUGGGAUCUGCUAGAAAAAACCCAUGAGCCCUCCAAAACCUGGAACAUUACCACAUCACCAAUAACAUGCAUCAAGCCCUGGAUCGUCUCAGGAAAGCAGCAUCUUUUAGCAGUAACAGACCAACUUGGUCAUGUACAAAUCCUGGAGAUUCCAUGGAUAUGCCGUAAUCCCUCCCCUAAUGAGAAGCUGAGAGUCAGUGAACUCCUUGAGAAGGAAGUGGAACGUCUGAUCUACUUUGAGAGGAGGAAAGAGAUGAGAUCAAAAGAAAAAGAGGAGAGAGAGGCUGAAAAGCACCAAAAGACAGUGGAGCCCAUUAUGCUGGAGAGGCAGGUGGAGCAGAUUGAGGAGGAGGGGCAGAAGGAGUAUGAAGGAUACCUGAUGUUUGAAAGAGCCAUUCUUAAGAAAAUGGGUCUCCUGCAGGACACUGUGGACAUCUGA